CAGCUUCAUAAAAAGCUGUUGUAAGCAAUAGCUCAUAAAAAGCUGUUGUGAGCACGUUUUCUAUCGUAUGAAAGCCUUUUGAACACAGAAGAUACUAAUAAGAUCUGAAGAAUUUGCUGCUGCUGAAGGUAAGUUAUUGAUUUAGAUGUUAAAAAAGAAUUUGGAUUGGUCAUAAUCUGUCAAAGUGGUUCUCGUUUUAUUUGAUUAGGAUACAGCCAUGUGUAGAAAUCCACAUUUUUAAUUGUAAAUGGUGUGAAUUUAAUUGGGCUGCAGAAAAAAUAAAACCUUAAUACCGCAAACGGGCGUGUCAAGGACCCUGAUAGCCCAAUGGCUGAGUUGCAACUGAAAGUCAAUGAGCCCCCGACACCUCACUGGACCCCGACGCAUCGCCUCUCUUUGAUGUAAUAACAUUUUCACCCACUAGAGGCAGACGCCAUCUCGACGGGUUUUAUUGAAUUUUGACGGGAACUCGGGACAUCUCAUGUUAUGGAAAAAAUUUCUGGAACAUCUUAAGAAUAAUAUACAUCUCUUAUUCUUGAUUCUGCAUUUCUGAAUGUUGUUACCAGGGUCCAAGGUGUUAGUGAGUUGGUCAGUGGCCACUAGCGCGAAGUAAAGUAUAGCGCAGCGGGGCAAACAAAGUAAGCUUUCUGCGUGACACGAGAGAAGCCAACAGCGAAUGAAGUUAAAAGAGGACCACGUAGAAAAAGGGUGAUGUUGGCUGGGCACAGUGGGGUGAAUACAGCCUCUCCGGCGUAUGCAGCCGACCUGCUCAAUAAGGCUCUUCGAAAUACAAUCAUUUUGUCAACAGGUUGUAAAGGGCUCGACAUUUUGCUAAACGAUGGGCUUUGGACCGGAGAGAUGGUGGAAAUUUGUGGGGUACCAGGAGCAGGGAAAACACAGCUCUGCAAAACAGUUUGUGCCAACGUUGUAUGCGAAACUGACACCCAUGUCCUAUUUGUAGACUGUUGUGGGUCAUUUGUAUGUGACAGAUUUGCUGAGAUCGUUACCGCUCGCAAAGCAUUCGUCAAUCCUCAGCAUUUUGAUGGUGUACUUUCGAGAAUUCGAUUGCUUCGGGUGCUCAACGCUGAAGGAUUGUUGGCUGAAAUAGAGCAGACAGAGCAAGAGCUGAUUUCAAAGAAACAAGUGUUUUACUCAGAUUUGAGGUUGGUUGUUGUGGACUCUAUAAAUGCACUAGUAUCACCAAUUCUUGGCGGAGGCCAAACACAGGGUCAUAUGAUCAUGACGAAGAUUGGAAGAAUUCUUAAACGGCUGGCAGUUGAACACAAUUUGGCAGUGAUCGUUACCAACAGUGCUGUCAAAGAUGCUGCAAACGAGGGCUAUAAGCCUGCCCUUGGUAAAACAUGGAAAUCGAUGCCAAGUACCCGACUUUUCCUCCAAACAACAGAAUAUUCUAACAGAUACCAUGCAAGGCUAAUAAAAAGCAACAUUCACAUCGCCAGAGACCCUGUUAGUUUAACCAUUGGUGCAAGGGGAGUUGAAGACGUUUGAUGAUGUAUUUCACCCGUUAAACUCUAGACAGCAUAAGUUGUUAUCUGUUGAUUAGCAAAGUAAGAUCUGCUAGUUUAUUCGGCUUCUUUGCCAGAAAAAACCUGGUUUUAAUUGAUCAAACUUUAAAUGGUUCUGCAUAUAUAUGAAAAUUGUAGAUCUCUUUUUGUGCCUGUACCUAGCAGGUAACCCUAGAUACAUCUCCAUGUGCUAAAGAAGUAGCAAAUUAAAUGACGUCAUCCUGCAAGUGGCUUCAAACCCUGAUAAGCUUGAAAAGGCCGAUAGGCUGAGCUUGUAAAGACCGAUAAGCUUGAAAAGGCCGUUAGAAUUCGUUCCAACCCUAAUGCAUCGAUGCCCUAACGCCAAGCACAGUGCAAAAGGUUGGACAGUUUGGAAUAGUAAGCAUUUGAAGGUUAUCAAUCAAAAUGAGACUUCGUCAGAAACUAUUCGACCAGAGACGUUCUUCCGUUGUUUAGCAGAUGUUUCGAUCUUAGUUCGUUUAAGAUGCUUCGAGGAUCCUUUUAGUCACGAUGUACAUUUCGCUUUGUGCAGGCUUUAUUACUCUGUAUGGAAAUUUGUUUACGAAGUUCUUUGUGAUCUUUCAGCGCUACAAGUGUGAGGAGUCAUCUAACCUUUUUAAUUUUGAUCUACCCUCGUGUGUUGACUCUACACCACCAUUUGAAAUUAAGUGUUACAAACCUACCUAACUUAGAGGACUAUGAUAUAGAUGAACAUUUGCGUUUAAAUAAUAAUUCUUGUUAUCACUUUCCUGGUGACUUGGCUAAGACCUGCUAUUCAGACUCUAACUUGUCUUUGCUAAGCAUGAAUACCAGAAGUCUCUUACAUCAUUACGACGAGCUCGUUUCGACAUUAGUUAAUCUCAAAGUAGAUUUUGAUGAUGUUGUUGUUUAUGAAAUUUAGCAUACCUAUGACAAAUCCAUACAGAUGAUUAUUAAAAUUUCUGGUUAUAGACUUUUUCUUUGUCAGUCACAUAGCCAAAAUGGUGGAGUAGGGCUUUUUAUAAAGGCUUGUUUUGCGCCAAUUAAUAGGGCAGAUCUUGGUAAAGACAGACAGUAAUGAUUUUGAGACUGUAUGGGUUGAUGCUGAAAACAAACAUAGUAAAAAGUAUCUGUUUUGUUGUGCUUAUCGCCACCCUAGCUCUAAUCUUAAAAAAAUUACCAACUUUUUGCAGGAAGUCCUUUCUACUCAAGCUGUUUGCUGACAAGCAAUUAUUCCAUUUAGGUGACUUCAACAGUAAUCUUCUAAAAUACAACGCUCAUGCAUCUACUGUAAACUUUGUUAACCUGCUUUUCUCAAAACAACUUCUCCCAUAUGUUGUUUAGCCAUCAAGAGUGUCUGGGAACUCUGCUACUGUUAUUGCUAAUAUUUAUUCAAAUAUGUAAUCAGAAAACUGUAAGUGGAAAUCUAUUGAUGUAACUAACAGACCAAUUUCCCCAUUUUCUAUAGUCGAUUAUGGACACAUAAUAUAACAAAAAUAUAUCAUAUUACCAACAUGAUUAAAUUAAAUACUGAAAGGCUCCAAAAUUACUUUGCUGACUUAGACCUCAAUUACUUGAAUGAUGAGAGCUUGAACAUCAAUACUAAAUUUAACUCAUUUCUCUCAAACCUUAGCAAGUUAGUUAUUAAACAUGUUCCCUUAAAGAAAAAACACAAGAAUGUUAUAAAAUUGAGAAAUAAACCCUGGGUUCCCAGAAAAAUCCAAAAAAUGAUGCGCAUUACAGACAGGUUAUUAAAAGACAAAAAAGGUUUGAUGAUCAAUCAGUUAAGAAUUUUUAUAAGAAAUUUAGGAAUCGGGUUACAGUUCCUUUAAAAGAGAGCAAAGCUUCUUACUUUAAUAAUUAUUUUGAUCAAAUUGUAAAAACAUAAAACAAUUAUGAUCCGGUACCAAGUCAAUCAUAGGUAUCAAGAAAAGUAAUGCAAAUGUUAUAGCCAAGAUAAAAGACUCUAAUGGUAAUAUAACAUUCGACCCAGCUUUAAUUGCAGAUAUCUUCAAUAGGUUUUUGUUGAUGUCUCUCACAAUGUUACUAAAUCAAUACCAAGUUCUCAAAAAUCACCUCUGUGUUUUAUGGGUGAAAGAAUCAAUAAAUCAUUGUUUAUUUCUCCAUCUGACGCUUUUGAAAUAUCUGAUAUAAUCAAUCUGCUAGAAAAAGACAAAUCUAUAGGCCCAAACAGUAUUCCAGAUAAAAUUUUAAAAAAUUUAUGUCCAUUAAUACCCUCUCCUUUGUUUCAAAUCAUAAAUGAAUAAUUGUAGUGUGGCAUUUUUCCUGAUAAAAUGAAACUAUCGAAAGUUAUUCCCCUGUUCAAGAAGUUCUAAUUAGAGGCCGAUAUUCCUUUUGUCAAUCUUCAGCAAAAUUACAGAAAAAUGAAAGGUAUAUAAUUUCUUAGAGCAACGCAAUGUUCUGUUUUCAAUUCAAAUUGGUUUUCGUGCCAGCCAUUUUAUAAACCAAGUAUUCAUUAGUGUAACAGAGAAUACAGUGGAAAGUCUAGACAACAGAAAAUAUGGUUUUGAAAUUUUUCUUGAUCUGCAAAAAGCCUUCUAUACUGUAAAUCAUGAUAUUCUUUUGGGAAAACGUGAACACUAUGAAAUACAUAGUCCAGCUUUUAACUGGUAUAGAUCCUACCUUACUGAUAGAAAUCCGUAUGUCUCUGUUAAUGGUUUUAAUUCCAAUCUACUAUCACAUGUGGGUUACCACAAGGCUCUGUCCUUGGUCUUUUGCUAUUCCUUAUUUUUAUAAAUGAUUUGCCUAAUUUAUCUCCAAAAAUUGUUUUUUAUCUCUUUGCUGAUGACACUUAUACAUAUUUUGAAGUUGAUAAAUUGGUGAACUUUAAAAAUUUGUGAACAAAUUUAUAAUUUCCAGGUCACAUCAAUGCCCCUUAAAGUGCCACUGAAAUGAAACAAUGGAAAUUUUUUAUCGUUGAUUCUGAUAGAGUAAUCAUCGUUGAUUUCGAAAAUAAAUUUAGUUUUUUCAUUUGGAGCCCAUAAAAUAGGGAUUUCUGGGGUUUUUGGGUGUAGGUCGUGCGAAAAGAGGCUGAGGUGAGUGGUGCAUUUAGAUUAACAUAGUCAAUUCAGCCAUAGUGAGGGUUGUAACAAGAUAAGAAGUUACUAAUUGUAUAAAACAUGAUACCAGCAUGGAACUUGAUAGCAGUGGCGUAGCGUCUAUGUAUGCUAGGCUUGCGGAGCCAGCGUAAACAAUUCUACACAAAAUCUAAAAUUCUUGCAAACUUCUACCGGUAAUAAAUUCAUUGUAGUGUUAAAGUCAAUGCAUAACAUUUUCCGCAAUAAACGGCUUCUCUUUCUAGUCAUGAGCAGCAAAUCUCCAAGCAGUAAUUGUCAUAAUUUAAUCAUUAGAUCGCGCAUGACGAGAUUUUCCGGCAUGUCUUCUUUACUUUAAAUCAGGGGUGAAACACUUGGGGGUUUUGGAGGGUGCUGCACCCCCUCCCCCAAUCUGCAAAAAUGCAGAUUUUAUCGGGCAAAUUUACGGCUACCAGUACAUCGGUCGGGGAAAUUUUGUUUAGGUCGCACAUUUAUUGCUACUUUUUGCCCCAGCUUGGUUCUUGAAUUAAUGGCCUUUUUACCUCAUUUUUUUCAAUCUCCGCCCAGCUGGGAAAACAAAACAGAAACGAGGCAAGCAGCAGCAACAUAAUUACAUUUUAGUCCUUCGUCUCGAGCUCUAAGCACAGGUUUAUCUUCGCCUCGAGAUACGGAAGGAGAGUGGAGAGUUGAUCGACAGCAAAAGUAUAGUUUGGAGAGACAACGGAGAGAACAGUGUGUUUGAUUCAAGAAGGAAAUGAACACAGGGCAUGCCCCCAACAUGUUUGCAAAACAAUGUAGCUUUUUUAAAAAUCUUUUGUUAUGAUUGCUAAAUUUUUCCUUGACCGCCACCUUCUUUCCAACCUGCGUCGGAGCCCAUAGAACACUGACCAUUUUUGAAGCAUAAUAAAUCAAAGAAUGAAGGAUAUGCCAUCUCGGAAUACGUUAUUGAGAAAAAUCAAGCAACAUUUUCUUUUCCAAAUGUCUAAUUAGUAAUUACAUUGAUCCUGUCAAAUCAGAAAUCUUAAUGAAUUCUUUCAUCAAGUCGCAAUUUAAUUAUUGCCCACUUUUAUGGAUGUUUCAUGAUAGAGCAACUAAUUCAAAGUUGAAUCGCAUUCAUGAAAGAGCACUGCGAUUGGUAUGUAAAGAUAGUGAAUCAGAACUAGCCGAGUUGAAGAAAAAAUAUGGAACUAGGAAUUCAUCAGCACAAUCUGCAACUGCUAAUGAUUGAAAUAUUCAAAACAAAAAACAAUCUGAAUCCAACAUUUAUGAAAAACAUUUUUACUGAGAGAGAUAUUCAAUACAAUCUGAGAAGUGAAAAUCAUUUGCCGUUGCCAAAAGUCAAGACAUCAUCAUACGGGAUAGAGAAUAUUCAGUACAGAGGUCACCAUUUGUGGUCCUCAUUACCAAGGGAAAUUAAAGACUCCAACACACUUGUCGAGUUCAAAAGAAAAAUAAAUUUAUGGCAUGGAAAUACUUGCAUCUGCAGAUUGUGCAAAAUUUUCAUUAAAGAUAAAGGGUUUUUAUAGGUUUCGUAUGGACAUUGUAAAGUAGGUUUUAAAUUACUUUGUUUGCGUUAAUUAGCUUAUUCGCUAUAUGUAUAUUUUUGUUCUUUCUUGCCAACGUUAAAGAAAUUAUUAAUAAUAAUAGUUUUUUUUUCAAACAUCUCAUUCUCAUUGAAUACAUUUUAAAUUUACAAUUAUACGACUCGCUUUUACAGGCAUCAUAUAAUUGGCUUAUCUGCAUUACAAUAUUUAAAAGUCAAUUAGUUCGGGGCUUAGCCAUGGUUUGUUUCGACGACAGAAGAUAUAGUAGGUGCAGCGGAUAGAAAUGUUCAUGAGUUUCAUCAAGAUGGAUUUAGUUUGAUUUGAGUCAAAAUUAAGUUGGUGUAGCAUGUCAGAGAGAGAGAGAGAAGUAGAUGAGGUUCCCAGAAUGUCAAGGGCACUCAUAGAAAGGUUAACAAAGGUAACACGUUUAUAGGCAGGGCUCAGUUCCUUGAUAAGAUCGCUAUAUUUCCUAGCUUUUCGAGUACUGUUUUCGUCGAUGUUGCUUUCGAACCCAACAGUAAGCUCUAGCAUGUAAAGGAUUCGAUCUUCAGUUACGAAGACAAGAUCUGGUCGAUAGGAGUCGCCUGUGAAUAAAGAAGGUGAUAGAAAUGAAGGCAGGUCGGCGUAAAGUGAGCUGUUUCUAGGUGUUGAAAGGGUUUUAGCCAAAUAUAGAAGUACAGAAUCAUGUCUCCAGGUAUACCUACCAUGUUCAAGAUAAUUCUUGCAGCUAGAGACUAUGUGCUGUAAUGAUUCUGAUUGGAGACAGAAAGAGCAGGCAGAUGACUGAGUAAUUGACCAUUGGCAGAGGUUUUUCCUAGUGGCAAGAGUGUUGUUUAGGUAUUUGAUGG